AUGGAUGCAGGACAGCAGGUGGGAAAGGGGGAGGCAGAGAGCCACAGCAAGGCAGGCACUGAUGAGGCAGAGGAGGAAAAGGAGGAAGACGAGAGAGAAAAGGAAGAGCAGGCCCUGGAGAGAGCGGACGACAGACAAGAUGGUGGUGGUGGCAUGGAGGAGGCCAACGGGGGCGCUGUGUGCCCUGCCUCCGAUGGCGUGGAGGUGCCCACAGAGGAGCAGCGGAAGAUGAGGAAGACGUCCAGCUUCUUGAAGACUGUCCGGUUUCGGGACCCCUCGGAGACAGAGCCCGAGGAGAAGAGGGACAGCUCAGUGGAGAAUCUGUUUCCCGACUACGAGACAGAGGAAUGGACCUCAUCCAGCUUUGAGGAGCUGUUCAUGGCCCAAGAUUGGAUCAACAUUACAGAUGACCGACUGCUGAGGAAGAAAAUCCAGGAGCCUGGUGCCGCCGAGGCUCAGGGCCCAGCCUGGGGCCAGGAGGUUACCCUCCGAAUGCAGGGCGUCCUGGAAGACCGCGUGGUGGUGGAGAAGGACUCCAAGCUGGUGUUUGUCAUCGGAGAAGGGGACGUCAACCAGGCGCUGGAAGAGUGUGCAAUAUCAAUGAGGAAGGAAGAGAUCGCAUUACUGCUGGCAGACUCUCAGUACACCUAUGGUCUUUUAGGAAGGGAGCCUGAUAUCCCAGCCUGGGCUCCAAUCCUGUACCAGCUGCAGCUCCUGGCCUUCCGGGACAAGCCUGACCCCCAGACCCUCCCGGUGGCCGACUGCAUCCGGAUCGGCAACCACAAGCGGGAGCGCGGCAACUUCUUCUUCCAGCGGGAGGAGUACAGCAUGGCGGCGCGGGCCUACUGCAUGGCACUGGACGUACUGACCAUUCACACACGUGGAGGGGACGAGUGUUGCCAGGUCGGGGAGGAAGAGGAAGUGAACGACCAGCGGGUGAAGUGUCUGAAUAACCUGGCCACGGCCCAGCUCAAACUAGAGCAGUUCGACGAGGCCCUCCACACCAGCCGUGACGUGCUGUUCCUUGAUCCACUCAAUGUCAAGGCCCUUUUCAGAGCGGGGAAGCUCUUGUCGGACAAGGGUGAGUAUGAGGAAGCUAUGGAAUUGUUGAAGAAAGCCCUGAAACUGGAGCCAACAACUAAGGCCAUUCACGCUGAGCUAUCAAAGCUGGUUAAACGACAGUCUGGCGGAAACGAAACUCAAAAAUGGAAAGCUAAACCAGCUCAGGUGUUAGGGGACAAUAUUGCACCCUUCGUGAUUCCUCCCAAAAAGAAGCCCUCAGGAAUUUCUUGGAAAUUUCUGCUUGGUGCUCUGGUGGUGGCCUUGGGCAGUUUAGUGACAUCAGUGGUCCUGACUGCAAGAAACUAACUCACCUAAACUACUCUCAAACUACUGUACACUACAAGCCCAACAGCAGAACUGCCAAGAGGGAGAAAGUGCAUUGAAUCAUUGUAGUAUCUGCCCCUAUUAGGUUCUGAUGUUGACACCGACACAUGCAACGUAGAAUGUAUUGAAUGCACUUCUAGACACAAACCACAUUUGCCAGAGAUUUAUUUUGCUUACAUUUCUGUGCUGUCCCCCUGGAUCACAGUUAUGGUACAACUAUGUCAUCAAAAAACCCUCCAUGUCUUUAAUUCUGAUCUUGUCAUUCAUUUCCUUCCCGAAACCCCAUGUGAAAUAUUUUACACUUCAUGCAACUAAAGGAAUACAGGGAUAAAGAUGUGGAUGUUAAAUGUGGUUUCUUUAAAAUUGCUUUCAAUUGAUAAAGACCAAACCAAAGUAAAUGUCUAAACUGCAACUGAUUUUGUCUUGAAAUUUUUAUAUUUGACAUUUUAGAUUAAGGAAAAUAAACCAUAGCCUAUUAAUUGAAAUAUAUGUAUUUUUUUCCAAAUCUGUUUUGUUACAUGUUGUCUGGAGCUCCACUGUGUUCGAAUUCUGCUGGAAAAUAUCCCUAAUAAACUGUGGUAGAAGCAAUAAACAGUUAAACAAA